AUGUGGUCGGCUGCCAUGGAGCAUCAAGAAAGGAAAUUUUUUCAAAGAAUGGAACAAAUUAAGAUAUUGUCCCCUGCAGCAUAUAUGUGGUUAGAUAAAUUUUCGCUAGAUAAAUGGACAAUGUAUAAGGAUGAUGGUCGUAGAUGGGGUGCCACGACGACAAAUGUAUCCGAGUCAUAUAAUGAUUUGUUGAAGAAAGCUCGGGGGCUUCCCGUGACUGCUAUGCUUCGCAUGACUUUUAAAGCUUUUGUUGACCGUUUUGUGGAACGAAGCAAUCUUGUUGAUGCUUUAUUACGAAAUAAUAAGUCAUGGCCUCCUGCCGUUGAAAACAAAUUCUUAGAUUAUUGGGAGAGAGCGCAAUCGCACACUGACAUAAUGACUUAUCAAACUGGUGAUGGGGUAUUUGAGAUUCUUAAUUUUGCACAUGAUGGUAAGGGUGGAAAUGUCCACACAGUUAAUGCCAAGAAAAAAAUAUGUUCUUGUGAAAAAUGGAAGAAUUAUCACAUGCCAUGCUCACAUUGUAUUAAGUUUGGUGACAUUCGUGGCAUCGAACCUAAUACAUAUGUUAGCAAGUACUACAGCACCAAGCUAUACAAACAAACGUAUAGUGGUAAAUUUUACCCCAUGGGUAAUGAACGAUAUUGGCCACCAGCCCCAUUUGCUUUAGUUGCAAACGUUGAACAUAUGCGGACAUCUGGUGUUGAAGAAAGAACCCGACUUAAGAAUGAUAUGGAUAUUUCUCCAGCUCGCAUGGCUAGAAAGUGUAGUAUUUGCAAAGAAACAGGUCACACUAAGGCACGAUGUCCUAAACGAGCUCAGUAG